CAUGGGCUGCUUUUAUGAAUAAACCCAAGAGGACCCGUCGAUAGUGAGGUCUAAUGGUGUUUGGUGUGGCGGCAGCAGCUCAUUUGGUGUAGUGGUAAUAAUGGAUUCUGCUACUAAUGCAGAUGCGGCCGCCUGGGUGAAGGUUUUAGGGUCUAGGACUUUUGCAUUUAGUUCAAAUCAGAGAAAGAGUUGAUGGUACUGAAUGCAAAGAUUUAAUGCUUUAGGAUUUUGAUUGAAAGACAAUGAAUUGCUUAAAUCUAACAACGUUGAUGUCCUCAAAAUCUUGUCUUUCUAGCACUAGUCUACUCUCUUUUCACUCUUCUACCAGCCCUUUUCUGCUUCCAAGAUCAUCUUCAAGAUUCUCUCACGUGACCCCAAUUCACUGUGGCCUUCGAGAGCUUAGGAAUCGUAUAAAUUCAGUGAAAAACACACAGAAGAUCACUGAGGCUAUGAAGCUUGUUUCUGCUGCUAAAGUGCGGAGAGCACAAGAAGCUGUUGUUAAUGGUAGGCCUUUUUCUGAAACUCUUGUUGAAGUGCUUUAUAACAUUAAUGAACAGCUUCAAACUGAGGAUAUAGAUAUGCCUUUAACUAAUAUUAGGCCUGUCAAAAAAGUUGCUCUUGUUGUGAUUACUGGUGGCAGAGGACUUUGUGGGGGUUUUAAUAAUAAUAUAAUCAAGAUAGCAGAAGCAAGAAUUGCUGAAUUGAAGAAUCAGGGAGUUGAAUAUACUGUAAUCAGUGUUGGAAAGAAGGGUAAAUCUUAUUUUAUUCGCAGGCCGCAUAUUCCUGUUGAUAGGUUUCUUGAAGGAAUGGGUUUUCCUACAGCCAAAGAAGCUCAAGCAAUUGCAGAUGAUGUUUUUUCAUUGUUUGUUAGUGAGGAGGUUGAUAAAGUGGAGCUUUUGUACACGAAAUUCGUGUCAUUUGUUAAGUUUGUUCCUGUUAUACAAACCUUGCUCCCGUUAUCUCCGAAGGGAAGGAUUUGUGAUAUGAAUGGUGUUAGUGUUGAUGCAGAUGGGGAUGAGUUCUUCAGGUUGACCACUAAAGAACGGAAAUUGACCGUGGAGAGAGAUGUUGUUAGGACUGAAACGGCAGAGCUCUCUCCAAUUUUGCAGUUUGAGCAGGAUCCAGUUCAGAUUCUUGAUGCCUUGUUGCCUUUGUAUUUGAACAGCCAGAUUUUGAAGGCAUUGCAGGAAUCACUAGCUAGUGAGCUUGCUGCUAGAAUGUGUGCUAUGAGCAAUGCAACUGAUAAUGCUGUGGAAUUGAAGAAGAGCCUUUCAAUCAUUUACAACAGGGAGCGUCAGGCCAAAAUUACAGGAGAGCUAUUGGAGAUUGUUGCUGGUGCCGAUGCCUUAACCUAAUGAAUUCAUCAUCAGCCAAAAGAAUCAGUUGCAGUGUCAAGUUUAUUCAGCCCUCGUGAUGGAACCUGGCAGUCGAAGGACUCUUGUGUUACUGUCAGCUUCUCCAUGAUUGGUUUGCGACUUCAAACAACUGCAAAACCCUUCCUUUUCAGUGGCACCUUUUGACAUCAAAAACCUUGUUUCAAACAGUAAGUAUCAUAAUCCUUUUCUCCUUCCACUUUCCUCUGCAUUCAACUAUUUAUUAGCCAAUCUGGUAUGAGAUUGAGGUAAUGAGUUGUGUCCAGAAGCUCUUUUGAAACGAUGAAGGUAAGUUUAAUAUGCAUCCGAUUUUGUAGACAGCGAGACAAUAGUGAAGAUGUUAACCAUUGUUUCUAUUUGAACUUCCUCUGAGGCUCCUUUCAGCCUCGUAUUGUUUAGAUCAUGCACUUGUGGUAGGAUUGAACAAGUGAUGACAUCCACCAGUUUGUCGAGCGAAAGUAUCAAUCUUUAGCGGAUAAACUUCCU